UGCUUAUCUCUGGUGGACAGCAGCUGCCUGUCUGCCGCACAUCCGUCUGCAGCUCAUGGUCUCCGCAGACAACCCCACUGGCUCCGACACUGGACACUGGUCCACUUAGCUUUUUUUUUUCUCCAUGUUUUUCACGCAUCCCUUGCGUUUUACAGGCAUGGCGGACAUCUCCUGUAAGGACAAUAGCAACAACCUGUCUUAAGAGUUUGCAUCGUCGUCAACCCAUCCUGUGCGGAGACUUUGUCUUUGCCGCGGACCCCCUAAAUGCCUUUCAUUGAGAAAAGGCCUCGGCCGUUCAGUGUUGUGAAUGUGUACAAGCAACAAAUUACCUGAUUAAGAUGGGUAACAAGCAAACGAUAUUUACCGACGAGCAACUUGAUGCCUACCAGGACUGUACUUUUUUCACCCGCAAAGAAAUUCUGCGGUUGCACGGCAGAUACCAUGAGUUGGCUCCACAUCUUGUACCGAUGGACUACACCAAUGAUCCUGAUUGUAAACUGCCUUUAGCCUUAAUAGUCAACAUGCCAGAAUUAAAGGAAAACCCCUUCUGCAGCAGGAUCGUAGAGUCUUUCUCCGAGGAUGGGUUUGGGAAUCUCAGUUUUAAUGAAUUUGUGGACAUGUUCUCCGUCCUCAGUGAAAUGGCUCCUCGAGAGCUCAAGGCGAUAUAUGCCUUUAAAAUUUACGAUUUCAAUGUGGAUAAUUAUCUCUGCAAAGAAGACCUCGAAAAGACUCUGAAUAGGCUGACGAAGGAGGAGUUGACUCCUGAGGAGGUGCAGCUUGUGUGUGAGAAAGCCAUCGAGGAGGCGGAUUUAGACGGAGACAGCAAACUCUCUUAUGCUGACUUUGAAAAUAUGAUUACGAGGGCUCCUGACUUUUUAAGUACCUUCCAUAUACGAAUCUGAGAGGGCUCCGUCGAAGGUUUCCACGGUCGACAGCGUGGGGAACCUCAGGACUCUACCUGUCAAUGGCCACAGCACAGUGCCUGUCUCCCACUCCCACUGUCAAAGAACAUCUAACCUCCCCAAACAAAAUACUGGAUGAAGCUGAAUUCCAUGAACCUGUUAUUUCUUUACUAGAUGAAAAUGUAUUUUCCUUUUACUGCCUUUUUAAAAGGGCUUGACCUGGAGGGGCCUCUUGUUGGGAGAAAGACUAUUCUUUCCACAUUUUAAGGUUGAAUCAUGGUCAGUGAAACAAGUAUGAAACGAGCCAGACUCAUCUACCUACAGUAUAUUGCACAUGAGCUACCCCCAGUGACGUCUUACACACUAGAUAUUUAGUAUUCAUGAGACAAAGGACAAAGCUAGAAGUCAAUGAAAGCACAGCAUUGGCAUUAAGGGCAUACAGCUAUUUUAUACGAGCUAUGCAAUAUUUAGAAAUGCAGUGUGUUGCUUUUAACAUUUUGGUUUGUUGUUUGUGGAACUGAUUGAUGACGACAAUCAUCUUACUGUUCUCCAGUUACAUGAAGGGCUCCGUUGUCUGAACAAAUGUUGGUAUCUUUCUUCUGCCUCAGCCAUUAUCAUGACAUGUUAAAUGCAGCCAUCUUUUGGAUAAACUUGUUACAAUAUUUUAUGUGACUUCAGGUAUUUGUCUUACUUAGAAUAAAUGUUUUUCUCUUUUUUUUUUUUUUUUUUUUUUUUUUUUUGUGUGUGUGUGAAUGGAUUUGUAAUGUUAAUUGUCGAUGAAAAAGCAUGAAAUGAUCCUUAAAUACAGGAGCUCUUGUUGUUGAAUCAUUUCAACUGAAUGACCUGACCUGAAACGUUAAUGAGUUCAGUAAUGUCUCAUCCAUAUAACCAGUUUACCUCAACCCACCCAUCGAUGAUGAUAAGGACCAUAACGAUCAGGGAAUGACUGGACCCCUGCAUAGCCCAUCAUAUGAGCAGUAAUAACUUGUUAAGCAGGAUGUGAUCAUUAGGAGUGAGCUGCCUCAGCACUCACAAGCAUGAUUACAUCCUACACACACAUUCAUCUCAACGGGAAAGCUGCAGGAAAUGACUGGUCAUGUUUGAUUAAUCCUGGUUUCUUGGCUGUAGGGUACAUAUUUGCAUCUGGUACAGUAUGGAAUACAAUUAUGUUUUUGUACGGCAUGUUUUUCAGCUUAGGUUGUACUCGCGAGUCAUACUGUGGAUGUUGGCCAGCCAUACAUGCAGAACAUUUUGUUCCUCUGCUAAGAUUCAUCCCGAGGCAUCUUUACGUCUUUGCUGCCAAAUGCAAUGGCUGCAGAAUAAGUAUGACCUGGUUAAUUGGGGCUGAGUCUGUAUGCAGAACAGUUCGAAAAUUGAAAUUGGGACACUAGCUGCAACAUAACAUAUAUAUAGGCUUUCCUGUGUUUGCUAUAUUGGUAAUAACAACAUGUUUGACUGUUGCUGGAACUGUGAUGGCAUUAUUUUUCUGUGACAGCAGACAAAAAAAUAUACCCACGCAUGCAUGCAGAUCAACAUAACAUGAGGGUACAAAACAGCCGCGGUGGUAUGAUUCUUCUCACGCACACUGCCAGCUAUGAAAUAUUUGGAAAAGCUGAUAUUGAGAGUCUUAAUUUGCCUGAAAGGGUAGGAUGUUGGAGUCAGUUAAACAGUGUGCAGUCAUCAGAGCAGCCAGUUAAUUCUUCCUUUAUCUCCGAGCCCCUUUACGAGGGCAGCACCAAAUAUUCAGGGCAAUGCAGUGCUGAUUGUGUGGCUUCAUUAAUUACUGGUCUCACAGAGAACAUCUGUUUAAUUAUGAUUCCAGCAGAGAAGCUUCUGGUGCACUGUGAUACUGGAGCUGUAAAGCAGCCAUUACUGUAAGCAAGUUUCUGUACGUUUCUGUGGUUGAGCGAGGCCAAACAGUGUGUGAAAUUCGUACUGAUCUCACUCAGCAGGACCUCGUCUGCUUUAAUUUGAUGGGAUUUAAGAUGGUGACUUACACCUUCACAACAUGGCCACAGUGGAGAGCUGACAAACUGCUCAAUGGCAGAUAAAGACAUUUUUGCUGUGUAUCAAAAUACCCUAUUAUUUCUUCUUUUUCUUACAUUGUUAAACCCUAUUUAGCAGUAUUUAAAGAAUUGAUGAACAAUUGGUUCAUAACGUACAGAGUUGCAAGUACAGACAGAUGUAAAAUGUCUAAUGCCGUAUGCAAUACUACAACUUUUCCUGUGAAGCCUCGGUAGCUAAUGUAUAAACUGAUAAUAAAUGACUGACAAUACUAUACAACACAGUUGUUAUCAAAUAUUUGUUUACCAUUCUAGAUCAAUAUUAAAUAUUAAGUAUUUAUUUUGCUAUGAUUAUUCAUUAUAUAUAUCUUCUAUUUUAGCAAUGAGGUAUUUUUUCAUACAGUUUGUGAACUAAUCAAACUCCAGCCACUGCUGAGCGUCAUGAGAUACAGCUGAAAGCUUUUUUUUAUGCAAAUCUAUAUUUCUGAGACUAAACCCUCAAGCUUAUGGGUUGUAUAUAAAGGGGUUUUAGGGGUUAAAGUUACGUUUUUUUAAACAGUUAUUCUAUGUUUGAAAUAUUUUGGGUUAUUGUAAUUCUCCAUCCACAUCACAGUACCACACAACUGUGUUAUAUUUAAAUGAGGAUAUGUUUUAUCUUCUUUUGCAUACUGAACCUAGUGCAUUGUGUUAUCCACAGGUGCAGAAACCCACUGGUACACAAUCAGGCAUCUUGUCUCUCUGGUUUAAGAAGUGACACAUGUUUCCUUUUCCACUGACACUAUCAUCUUUAUCUAAGUUGUGAAAUAGAUUAUGACUGAAAUGUCAAAAUAUUGUUGAUCCUACAAGCUGAAUGAUUUGAUAUUUGAGUGAGUUAUUAUAUCCUGGUUUGUUUUCAGUGGAAACAUCUUAUUUCCAUACACCUGCCACCCAAGUUCUACAUAAAACAGUCCUGCAUCUGAUCCUGUCUGUAAUGACUUCUAAAGAUAACUAUGACCAUGGAAAGCAUUCAAGUACUAAGAAAGGUUAUACUGUUGUUUUAGUGCAUACCACUAAAACUAUAAUUAGAGAGUAAAAGAGCAGCAGAUGAUAGAAGAUAAUAAAUUCCAUUUCAACAUAUUUGACACACUUCCUCAUUGCAGUUGUAUGCAGCCGUUUGAAAUCUGUAUGCAAAUAAAGUUUCCUGUGAAUGAAGUGCAGCAUUGAUGGUAGCAGCCUGUAGGCAAAAUGUAUUUAAAGACCAGUAGUAGACACAGCACACACUUUUUUUCUGAGGAAAAGAAUUGUGAGUUUUCCUCUUUGAAUCUGUCAUUUAUUUAAAUAUGGAAAAUAAAAUCUAAAUAUAGCAUAAAUAAAUACAUUAAAAUGCAAAAAUACAGAAAAUAUCAUUUGAAUAGCUGUGAAAAUGUAAUCCCAUGUUGAAAAGAAGCUUUCACGAAGUGUAUAUUAGGCAGGACCACUGUAGUGUCAGAGAAAAACUAGUGAACA